AUGUCAGUUAAAGAUUUGAAAACUUCAUUUGAAGAAAGAGAUCCAUCAACUGAAGAGUUAUCUUCAUUAGAUCCAGAUUCAUACUUACAGAAAGAAAUAGAAUAUGAAGGUCAACACGAUAUAAACUAUCGAAAUUGUUCAUGGCAGAAAACAGCUGGUUUAUUAUUCAGUGAAUAUAUAUGUUUGGCAAUGAUGAGUUUCCCCUGGAGUUAUUCGAUACUAGGAUUGGGAUUAGGUUUAAUUAUCACAGUUAUUGUUUCAUUAUUAUGUUUAUAUACUGGUUUAAUCAUUGCUGAUUAUUGUGCUGCUUAUCCUCAUUUAAUUAAUGUAUGUGAUAUUGGACAACAUUUGAUUUUUGGUAAGAAAUGGGUAUGGUAUGCAACUGCGAUUGCAUUUUUGUUGAAUAACACAUUAAUUCAAGCAUUACAUGUUUUAGUCGGAGCUAAAUAUUUCAAUACAAUUAGUGAUAAUACUACUAUUUGUUCAAUUGUGUUUGGGGUAGUCACUGCCAUUAUUUGUUUCUUGUUCUCCUUGCCUAGAACAUUCAGUCAUAUGUCUUCAGUUGCUUGUUUUUCAGCAAUUACAAUGUUUGUGGCAGCUAUAUUAUCAAUUGUAUUUAGUGCUAUUCAAGAUCAUCCUUAUAAAUAUGAUCCAGCCACACCAGUGACUUGGAAUGCAUGGCCUGCAAAGGAUGCAAAAUAUGUCAAUAUAAUGUCAGCAGUUUUGAAUAUUAUCUAUACAUUUGUUGGUCAAAUCACUUAUCCUUCAUUUAUAUCACAAAUGAAAAAGCCAAAAGAUUUCAAAAAGGCUUUAGUGGUUGUCACAAUUUGUGAAUUGAUAUUAUACGCGUUAGUGGGUUCAAUAGUCUAUGUUUAUAUAGGGACUGAUUAUAUGACUGCACCUGCAUUUGGAAGUUUACUUGGAAACUACAAGAAAAUAGCCUUUAGUUUUGCAUUACCUACUAUUUUAUUCCUUGGUUCAUUAUAUAGUAAUGUUUCUUCACAAUUUUUAUUCCAACUUAUUUUCAACAAGGGAAGUAAACAUAGAAAUGAACAUACGGUUGUUGGUUGGUCAACUUGGUGUGGAUUAAACGCUGGAUUUUGGAUUAUUGCAUUUGUAAUUGGUGAAGUUAUACCGUUCUUUAGUGAUUUAUUAAGUUUAAUGAGUUCAUUAUUUGAUUGUUUCUUUGGCUUUAUAUUUUGGGCUUUAGCUUAUUUCAAAUUGAGAAAAUUAUACUACUACAAAAAGGAAGGAAUCAAUAUAUCGUUUUGGAAGUUGGUGCAGAUUUCAAAUUGGUAUACAAGAUUAGAAAUACUAUUGAAUGUGAUUAUCUUUAUAAUUGGUCUUUACAUAUUAGGACCAGGUCUAUAUGCAACUAUCCAGAGUAUAAUAUGGUCAUAUCAAGAUAGUCUAUAUGGAAACCCAUUCAGUUGUGUAAGUAAUGCAAUAUAA